CACACGGAUGCUAAACAAGGGUAUCCAAGCAGGAGACUUGGAGAUUGUGAACAGUGCAACUAAGAAGAACACUCGAGAUGUUGGUGUGACUUUUCCUACCCCAAGAUCUAGCCAGCUAAAUCAACGGCCCCAGGAACCCUGGCAUCAUGUUGAUGGUAUUUUUGGAGAUUCAGAUGGUCUGGUCACAGAUCAGCAGACAGCAGGAAGCAAGGGGAUUUCAUGGUUUGUCCAAGUAGAAGAUUUGAAAUCUGAAUCUAGGAAAGAAAACCAUUCCAAUUCGUUUUCUGGUCCUGGUCCUUCUUGGUUUGAACCGUUGACGAACACAAAGCCUUGGAGAGAACCUCUCCGAGAGAAGAAUUGGCAAGAGCAGCAGCACAGCAACGUGAUUCAGGCAGCAGUUCCAGAAAGAGGUGCUGAGAACAAGUCCUCACGACCAUUUGUGAAGCUCACGCUACAGGAGGCUCUUGCAGUGCACCGUCCUGAUUUCAUCUCCCGCUCUGGAGAGCGUGUGAAGCAUCUGAAGCUUGUAAUGGAGGAGAGGAGGAUGCAGAAUGCACGGCAGUCUGAACAAGAAGAACUGUUUAAUCCUUCAGAGAAGAGAAAGGGCUACAGGAAUGCAAGUGCAAUGCUGUCUGACAGAG